AUGUUUGGGUUCAAACGAUCGUCUGUGCAACUUGUGGUGAUACUGGCUUGGCUUUUGCGAUAUUACACCUUCGGGUCGAUAGUAAUAUGGUGUAUAGUCGCGUGUGGUUUGAGUUUGGCUGUUGUUUUGGCUGUGACGACGUAUGACCAUGACUACUGGACGACCCGUGGGGUGUUCUCCCCGCCUGCGUGGCCGGUCGUGGGCCACAUCCCGUCCGUGGUGAUGUUCAGGGAGCAAGGAGGCAUGUGUUUCAAGAGGAUAUACGAUACAUAUCAGGAUGAGAGAUUUUUAGGCUGCCACCAGUUCUACCAGCGCACUCUAGUGGUCCGCGACCCCGAGCUGAUCCGAAGAGUGUGCGUCAAUGACUUCCAGCACUUCACAGACCGAGGGUUCUUCUUCAACAAGGACGUGGAUCCUCUCGCUGGGUCUGUGCUGUUCUUGAGGGGGAAUGAGUGGAAGAGGCUCAGAGCUAAGAUAUCGCCUAUAUUCUCACCAAACAAACUGCGCGGCAUGUUCCCGCUCAUAGAGAACACAGCGGUAGAAUUCGUGACAAGGGUUCAAGAUUUGCUGACACAGUCUAAAAAUGAACCGAACAAAAAUGGCCCAGUGAAGACAGAAGGUCAAUCGAAUGGUGUGGAACAAAUCUCCGCUGUGGUGAACUCUGAGAAGCUUGUCGGUGGUUAUACAGCCGAUGCCAUCGUGCCUUGCGCGUUUGGUUUAAAAAGUAACGUGAUGUAUAAUGAAGAUGAUCCCUUCGCUGUAGCAUUACAUGCGUUCUACGAGAUGUCGCUGUUUAAUAUCUUUGAGAAGACGAUGCGUCAGUUCUGGCCGGCUUUUGUAUUGUUCUUUCGAAUGAGAAUCAUACCAAAGAAGACACAUGACUUCUUCUACAACAUCGUCACGACGGUGCUGAGGGCGCGGGAGAAUGGCGAUCAAGAAAAGCGAGGGGAUUUCAUUGACAUGAUGAUGGCGUUGAGGAAUGAUGAGUCCAACAAUAAUUGUAAGAAGGACCAAGAAGAUGUCGAAAUCACUGACAUGGUGAUAUCAGCAAAUGCUUUCAUCAUCUUCCUUGGAGGGUUUGAGACGACAUCUUCAACUCUAGCCUUCCUAUUCCUGGAGCUAGCAGCCAACCAGCAGGUGCAAGAGAAGAUGAGGGAAGAGAUCAGGCAGGUCGUGGACAAACACGAAGGAAAGAUCACGUAUGAACUGCUGCAAGAGCUGGUGUAUAUGGAGAUGGUGAUUCAGGAAACUCUUCGCCUGUACCCUCCAUUCCCGAGCAUCCAGCGUAUGUGUACCAAGGAGUACACAAUCCCCGACACCAACAUCGUGGUGGAGAGAGGGACUAUAGUGCUGUUCCCAACGCUGGGCAUACAGAGGGAUGAACAGUACUUCGAGAACGCGUCUGCGUUUAUUCCUGAGCGCUGGUCUGAAGGUAGCCCGCAGCCGCCGCCAGGAGUCUACAUGCCCUUUGGAGACGGGCCGCGGUAUUGUAUAGGUAAAAGAUUCGCCCUUAUCCAAAUGAAAUGCUGUCUGCUACGAGUACUGCAGCACGUGAGGAUUACUCCAGCUCCUCGUCCUGAUGCUGCAGGGAAACUAUCAGUCCAACCUCGACUGGAACCCUUCACUGCUGACCCUCGGUCCCCACUAACACUUCACCCCGCUGACAGCCUGGUGACUCUUAGCUUGUUAUGA